GUAUCAUAACCAUAGCAACAAAAUCCACCCUUUACAAAAUAAUGAAGUCCUGGCAGGUUUCUGUAACAAACAAAAUAGCGAGCUGGAGCUGGAGGUUAACGUUCUGUUUCCAAAUCGGUGCUCAUGGGAACGAAAGCAGGGACAGAGAAAGGUGGCUGUGAAGACACACCAAUAUCUGUGUCAGACAGCAAGAGAUCCUGCCUUGGAAACAGGAUACCCUAUCCCACUAAAUGUGUGGGGAAAUUGAGCGCACCAGUGGGUUGGCUGUCACAUAGCUCCAUGAGACGACUGCAGGCAAUUUUAGAAAAUGAAAACCAAGAGGCCAGAUUGAUUACCCAGCGAAUGCUGGACACAGAGAAGGGUUUUGUCAAGAAAUGUUACCCACUGCUACAAAACAUGCCAUGGGAUCUUGUCACAGGAUCUGGACAGCUAUCUGAGCCACAGGGGGACUUUGGAGCUGAGGAAGAAAGAACUCCUGCAUGUGCGUUGGACAGAACAUGUCUGGAUGCCCAUCCAGAAGAACAUCAGGGACCAUCUAUUACUCCGUCAGGGCAAUAAAGCAGAGAAGAUGAGGAGCACAAUACUGCACUACCUUGAGCACUGCAACACUAAGGUGUGCUGAGGGCUGAUGGUAAUGCCACACCCUUGACAAUAACACUAUAUCUCAAACUGUCACAGUGUUGUACUUUGUGUUGCUAGCCACUAGGUGUCACUAAAUUGAUUUUGUCUCACUGCUUAAUUGUCUUGUUGUACGCACCUGUUGUUAGUCUUGUGAUUAGUGUUGCCCAUUGUCUCCUGUAUAUAGCCGGGUCCUUUUCAGUUGGUCUUUGUUGAAGACUUUGUCUUCACUUUAACCCUCCGUGAGUAACCCUGGCUGAUUCCCUGUCUACCUGUACCUUGUUUGGAUAUUCUGUUUUUGACCCUGGAUUGUUUAUACGCUAUGAGACUGGAUUGCCCUUUGUGUUUUGGCUACCUUUUGGAGUAUUUUUAGUUUACCCUUUUUGGAAGUUCUUCGUUGUUUUUUGGCUUUAUGGACUUUUGGAAAAUCCUCUGUUUUUGUUUCGUAAAUCUUCUGUGCUUUUGGAACUUUGCAUUUUUGUUCAAAUAAAUAAUUGGACUACA